UUAAGACUCUCUUAUCACACACACAAAAUGGGAAUCCACAGAGCAUUUGUUGCUUCGCUUCUUAUUUCUCUUUUUGUCUUCCAACUUGCCAAAGCCUUACAUCCCAAUCAACUCACCAUGUGUAGUGGUAAUGCCCCUACCCUUGGACGUUUUACGGCAUGUGGCAGGGUGCUACUAGCGUUAACACAUACCCACCCACCAAGAUCGAUUGUGGAAAGGCAUGUGCAGCAAGGUGCGUACUAUCAAAAAGACCAAACUUAUGCAAUCGGGCAUGCGGUACAUGUUGUGGAAGGUGCAACUGUGUGCCUCCGGGCACCUCGGGCAACUAUGAAUCUUGUGAUUGCUAUGCUCAGAUGACUACCCGAGGAAACCAAAAGAAGUGCCCGUGAAAAUUCCUCUAAAUUAUUUUUACCAAUUACCAUGAUAAUGGGUCCAUAUCAAGAAAAGCUUAUUUCCUUCUUAUUUUUUUUUCUUCCUAUCUUUCUGAAUUAUGUUAUUCAAAUUUAUGUCUCAUUACAUACGUUAAUAAAAACCGCUUAUGUUUAUUUUGUA